UCUCUAAAAGGGCGGUGACUGUUGGUGCGUGCAAGCAGAAAUCUCGAGGAAUAUGGUGUACACAAGACUGCACUGAGCGCCUUGCGUUUGUAUCUGACCGUUUUCAAUACACUGUUCCGUCGUCCUCGGAAAAAAAGAAGUGAUCUGACGUUCUGAAGAGCUUUUUAAAGGCGUCGGGCAGGAAAAAAAUAUGGGGAAUUGCCACACGGUAGGACCAAACGAAGCCUUGGUGGUAUCAGGUGGGUGCUGUGGCUCUGAUGAGAAGAGCUAUACAGUGGGCGGCUGGGCCUGGGCAUGGUGGCUUAUCACCGACAUACAGAAACUCUCUCUGGAGAUAAUGACCAUCCUCUGUCGCUGUGAGAAUAUCGAAACUUCGGAGGGUGUCCCCUUGGAUGUGACAGGGGUCGCUCAGGUGAAGGUCAUGACUGACAAAGAGCUGCUGGGUUAUGCCUGUGAACAGUUCCUGGGCAAGACAGUGGCGGAGAUUAAAAGUGUCAUUCUGCAGACGCUGGAAGGUCAUCUGCGCUCUAUUCUGGGGACUCUGACGGUAGAGCAGAUCUACCAGGAUAGAGAUCAGUUUGCCAAGUUGGUGAGGGAAGUGGCGGCACCUGACGUGGGCAGGAUGGGCAUUGAGAUCCUAAGCUUUACUAUUAAGGAUGUCUAUGAUAAGGUGGACUAUUUGAGUUCCUUGGGGAAAUCCCAGACUGCUGCUGUUCAGAGAGAUGCUGACAUUGGUGUGGCUGAAGCAGAGAGAGAUGCUGGAAUCAGGGAAGCAGAAUGUAAGAAGGAGAUGAUGGAUGUAAAAUUCCAAGCCGAUACAAGAAUGGCAGACUCAAAGAGAGAGCUGGAGAUGCAGAAGGCUGCCUUUAAUCAAGAAGUGAACACAAAGAAAGCCGAGGCGCAAUUGGCCUAUGAGCUUCAGGCAGCCAAGGAGCAGCAGAAGAUCAGACUGGAGGAGAUUGAGAUUGAGGUGGUUCAGAGGAAGAAGCAGAUCUCCAUUGAGGAAAAGGAGAUCCUCAGGACAGAUAAAGAGCUGAUCGCCACCGUGAGGAGACCAGCUGAGGCUGAAGCCUACAAGAUGCAGCAGAUCGCAGAAGCAAAGAAGAUAAAGAAGGUGUUGACGGCGCAGGCUGAGGCGGAGAAGAUCAAGCGUAUUGGAGAAGCAGAGGCCGGCUCCAUUGAGGCUGUGGGUAAAGCUGAAGCAGAGAAGAUGAGGCUCAAAGCUGAGUCCUAUCAGCAGUAUGGCGAGGCUGCAAAGACAGCUCUCGUCCUGGAGGCUCUACCAAAGAUUGCUGGAAAGGUGGCAGCACCCUUGAGCCGUACCAAUGAGAUUGUGAUCCUGAGUGGCGACGGAGGCCGUGUCACUGGGGAAGUGAAUCGUCUGUUGGCUGAACUACCUGUUUCUGUAAACGCCCUCACAGGAGUGGAUCUGUCCAAGAUCCCAUUGCUUCAGAAAAUGACCAAUCCUCAAGCUUGAACACGCUCCUUCCACUCUGCUGCCUUUCCGACACUCCCACAUCGAUUGCCUUGAACAGAAACACUUGAAAGCUGUUUUUUUUUUUUUUAUAGAAAUGAGGAAUUGAUUUUUUUAGACCCCUGGUGCCUUACCUCUGCAGGACCAGAUUCUCUGCAUGUGCUCUUGUUUUGUCACUUACAUCUUUUUUUUGUCUGUUUAUUUUCCUUGUGUGUUUAAACGACGUACCUCAAUCAUAGUUAUUUUGUUAUUCACGGAACUGUUUCACUAGUGGGCAGCUGCAGAUCUAUGUGUACACAGUGAUGUAGAAGAUGAGGAAGUAUUCCCAUUUUAAUGGGUAGCUAAGGUUAUAUUCACAGUUACAUUUAUGCAAUGUAUGUCGAUAUAUAGAAGUAUAGUGUAGAAGAGCCAUUAGAUUUAUUACAGCAUGUUUAGUAGAUUGAUCAACUGGGCCUUUGAAAUCAUUCAUCGUUCUGAAGACAUCGCUGUUUAGGACAAAUAGUCCCACGGGGAUAAGAAGAACUGACUUUUAGGUUAUCUAACCAACACAAUUAGACGUAGGUUCAUUUGUAAACAUCUUUUUGUACAGUUCAAACCUGAAGUACUCUAGUAAUUUUAAUAUUUUUUAUUGUGGGAUGAAAACAAUCGGUUUGUUAUUUUUUAAAUUUUGCUUUUAGGGUUGGAUAUCAAAUCACACUUUCACUGUGCAGUCUACGCCAUGUGUUUCAUAGUCAUAUCUGUAUGUAUAUUCUUUGUAAAUGUUUUGCCUAUUUUUGGAUAAUAAAUAAUGCUCCAAAUGCAUUUUUACCAAGACGCCAAGCAAAGGCCAAAACAUGCUGAAUUAGCAGGAUUUAGAAAAGCAUCUUUAUUUUUUUCAUUGCAGCAAACCUCAGAUAAUUUACCAUACCCAAUGUUUAUGCAAAGGAUAAAGCUUUGGUCCUCUUCCAUUAGAUAUUAUGACUGCAGCCAAACUGACAGUUGUACAGAUGCCAGAGCACUCUUUUGUCUACUGUUCUAGAAGUUCAAACAUUGAUAUACGCUGUGCAUUUGAAGUGGAACGUCUACCAUGUCCAUAGUUUUCUUAAAGAUGCUUUGUGCCGUACAGAGUUUUUCCCAUAUUGAAUCAUUUCAGUGAUCAUUUAUGACAGGACUUCUUCCUCUUUUUUAUGUUUUAACCGUAAUAUAUGUCACAUGUAUUCUUUAUUCACAAAGUACUAAUUAUCAACAUCCAGAUAAUGUGAGAGCUCUAUCAGGUAUAUGAGAAUUUUAACUCCACUUUAGCUAUUUUUUCAGUGAGAAUGACUAUAUUUUAGUGUUUGUUUUCUUCAGAUUUUCAGCUUGCAGUUGUGUCAUGAGAAUACAGAUCAGUCUGCCAAAGAUCAGUAGGCCAAGCAGCAUAUCUGCUUUUAUUUUACAUUGCUGCUGAAUCAUAAAUGAUCGGGUCUUUUGCGCAUUGUUAAUCAGAUGCCAAAUAUAACGUUUUUUUUUUUUUACAGCACACUUUGGCAAAAGUAUUUGCUAAACAAUGUUCUGUUUGUGAGAAGCAAGUUCAUUCAAACUGAUGUUCAAUUUACAUUCUUCAAAACUAAGUGCAUUUGUUAUUUUGACAUCGAUAUCUGUUUUAACUGGCAAAAAGGGAACUGUGCUUUAAAAAUGUAGCCGUUGUUUAUAAGACACAAAAUCAACUUCAGGCUUCAAACACUUUUCUAUGCUUAAUCUAAACUAACGAGAGCUGUUGUUUCUGAAUUGAGUGUGUUUGUUCUAGAGUUGUGUGAUGUUUUCACCACUAACAAUCACAUACUGAGAAUGUGUUAUAUAGCAGUGCAUAUAGUUAAUGCCUAUAACUUGUUGUAGAAUGAAUAUAUAGUAUACAGUAUAUGUAUCUAAUAAGAAAUGUUUCUGAUCACAGUCAAUAAAUUCAUCUUGAUUUA